AUGGCAGCUCGUCAUGAACCAGCAUAUAUUGAAGACGCAACGCUAUCUCAAUGCCAACUUGUCCUUGAUGAAAUGAAUGAGAACACCGUUGAACAGAUUCGGGACGCUGUUUUUCAAGCAACUACAAGCUCCACUAGACCUGGAGGAUCGUCUAUAGAAAACUGGUUCAAAAAGGUAUCGCAAGGCAACACUGCGUACCGAGUAACGAUGAAAAACUCUGGUCUGAAAACUCGAAUCAUUGCGUGGAAAAAGGGAACCAAUUUUGGCGCAGCAAACCUCUAUUUUCGUACUGUCUCGCCGAUUUUCGCAUUCAGUGGUAUGCACAUCAAAGCUUUUGGGAUCUUCUCGACAACAAAGCAAAAGUGGACAAAACCAAAUCCAGGGUUCAAUUCCAAAUCUUCUGAGUUCCAUGGUGGGACUCGAUUUUUCCGUCCUACGUGCCGCACCACUGAUAACGUACAGUUGUUUGAUAUGCUAAUCAUGCGAAAUAUGCUUGAUUUCGAUGGUGCGGACAUCCCCAUAAUCUUUGUUGACUGGUCUUCAGAGCAACUUGAUAUUGCCCUUGGGUACUGGGAGGAACUCAGCAAAGACAACUGGUCUCGCGACGAACAACGCAAACGAUGUAAAUUCAUUCAAAAUUGCCAGCUUUGUCUUGGUUUCGGUUACUCAGAUGUUCUUUAG